ACUUCAUUUCGUGGUCACAAGACCUUCCAACUUUUGGCAAUUCAGAUUCCCUAAUUAGCUACAACCCACUACCCUGAGCAAUAUAUAAGCAUAGCUUCACUUGCAUAUUCUUACACAACCUUUCCCUUCAAUUUAAGAAAUAAAACACUCCUUGUUCUUUUUUCCCCUUAUCAUUAAUCUUUCUCUUCCUUUUCUAGUUCUAGCUAGCAAAGUGCAACAUUACAAUCCCUCUUAGGCUCUUAGUUGAGAGAAGAGAAGAACCUAAAUUAUCAUUUUUUAUCAAUCAUUCAUGGCCUCAAGCUCUCUCAGCAAACAAAAGGCUUCUGACUCCUCUUGGACGCCAAAACAGAACAAGCUGUUUGAAAAAGCACUUGCAAAAUAUGACAAGGAUACCCCUGAGCGCUGGCAGAAUGUAGCCAAAGCAGUAGGUGGAAAAUCUGCAGAUGAAGUUAAGAGACACUAUGAAAUCCUCUUGGAGGAUCUCAGACACAUAGAGUCUGGCCGUGUUCCUCUUCCCAAGUACAAGUCCACAGGAAGCAGCACCAAUGUUGAUGAAGAAGAGAGGCUUCUGAAGUAUCUUAAACUGAAUUGAUGGAAGCAACGUUUAUGUUAUCCUGAGCUAUUGGCAGCAUUUAUGUGGUGUUCCUUGAAUCUGCAGAAAUAUCCUCCCCGCUGUCUCUCUCUAUCUUGUGUGUCUCUGUUCUAUUUCCUGCCAUUGUAAUUUAGAUUGUUUCAAAUUUUCAAUGAAUUAUCCUAUUCUAGAAACAGUAUCAGGUUCUUAAUUAACCAGGAUAAGGAUAUUCUCCCCA